AUGGAAGCCGGGGCGCCCCGGCAGCCUCGCGAGCCCGGGCCGGGCGCAGAGACCGCCGCAGCCGGGGGCUGGGACGAAGCCAAGACUCUGCACGACAACCUCUCACCCAAGAAGAAACCCAAAUCGCCCAAGCCGCAGAAUGCAGUCACCAUCGCUGUGUCCUCCCGCGCCUUGUUCCGCAUGGACGAGGAGCAGCGGAUCUACACGGAGCAGGGCGUGGAGGAGUACGUGCGCUACCAGCUGGAACAUGAGAACGAGCCCUUCAGCCCCGGGCCUGCCUUUCCCUUUGUGAAGGCUCUCGAGGCUGUGAACAGGAGGCUGCGGGAGCUGUACCCCGAUAGCGAGGACCUCUUUGACAUCGUCCUCAUGACCAACAACCAUGCUCAAGUGGGUGUCCGUCUCAUCAACAGCAUCAACCAUUAUGACCUGUUCAUCGAGAGGUUCUGCAUGACGGGUGGGAAUAGCCCCAUCUGCUACCUCAAGGCCUACCAUACCAACCUCUACUUGUCGGCUGACUCAGAAAAAGUACGGGAAGCCAUUGAUGAAGGGAUCGCAGCUGCCACCAUCUUCAGCCCCAGCAGGGACGUGGCUGUAUCCCAGAGUCAGCUGCGCGUGGCCUUCGACGGAGAUGCUGUGCUCUUCUCAGACGAGUCCGAGCGCAUUGUCAAGGCCCAUGGACUGGAUCGGUUCUUUGAGCAUGAGAAGGCCCAUGAGAACAAGCCUCUGGCCCAGGGCCCUUUAAAGGGCUUUCUGGAGGCGCUGGGGAGGCUGCAGAAGAAGUUCUAUUCCAAGGGCCUGCGUCUGGAGUGUCCAAUCCGCACCUACUUGGUGACGGCACGCAGUGCAGCCAGUUCUGGGGCCCGGGCUCUCAAGACCCUGCGAAGCUGGGGUCUGGAGACAGAUGAGGCCCUGUUCCUUGCCGGAGCACCCAAGGGCCCCCUCCUUGAGAAGAUCCGCCCACACAUCUUCUUUGAUGACCAGAUGUUCCACGUGGCUGGGGCUCAGGAGAUGGGCACAGUGGCCGCCCAUGUGCCUUACGGCGUGGCACAGACACCCCGGCGGACUGCACCUACAAAGCAGGCCCCAUCUGCACAAUAGUUGAGCCGCCAACUUUACCUGCCCACAUCGCUCCAGACACUGCCUUGUGGCCCGGUGGGUCCCUCUAGCUCCUCACUCCCUGCCCUCUGCAUGUCUGCCCUCCACCCCAAGCGGGGCACUGUGGGAAUGAUGCAGACUGGGCCGGCAUCUCACCAGCCCUCCCUUUUUGGGCAAACACUGUGCAAGGGUGCUGCCUAGGAAGGUAAGGCUGCAGAGUAGGUGGGGUUUGGGGGCAGGUUGAUGGGACUGAGGCUAGGAAGGGCCAAGGAGCCAAGAUGCCUCUAAGGGGGUUUGGGGUGAAAACUAGCUCAGUCUCUCUCAAAGAGCGCUGCUCUGAGAGAAGGAGGAUCUGAUUUCUAAGCUGGCCUGGAAUUAACUGCAUAACUUUGAGUACACCCCUCUUUUUCAUGGGUCUCAGCUGCCCUGCUCAAAUGGUGGCAUUCAAACUCUCCUGUAGUCCAAGAAGCUUAGUUUGGUGAGUGUGCCCUCUCUAAAAAGGAAGCUUCAGAGGCUGCUGGUGGUAUAUAUGGCGCCUUUGGGCAAAUCACUAAAGAAUGCUGUCUUGAGGGGCAUGAGUUAUGAAAAGAGGGCCUGUCCUCUGGGCUGACCCAGACCCGGCCUGGGUACAUGGCUCAGUGAGCAGGUGUGUGCUGGGUUUUACACCCUUGACUCCUCAGCCCAGAGGCCUUUGUCAGAUGGGCAAAGUGCACACUCCUCCUCAGCAGCCUGCCUUUAACAUUACACGUCUGGAAACCACUGGACAAGGUGUCCCAUUUGCUUCCUGUGAUCCUGGAAUCUGAGUGCUCAGGGUCAUCUGCCAGGUGCAGAGUUUGUGAAAGGAGUGGGGGACUGGCCUUAACCUGCACGCAAUCUCUCCCCCAGCCAGCAGGGGGUGCUGCAGGCUCUCUCCGGGUGAAGCUUUCCUGACUUCUUUGCUUUUGCUUUUGGCCAAAGUUGACCUCCUUUGCUUUUGCUUUUAGACAAAGUGCGGUUGUUGCUGCCUGCCAACCCCUUCACCUCAACCCUCACCCCUCAAUUAUUGCAUCCUGCUGAGCUGGCAGCUUUGCCAGUGGAGCCCAAAUGCGGGGGAAGAAAGCUCGGUGGCUGAAGUGGGAGGUUGCCCAGGCUGAGCUGGAGGGAAGCCUGCCUAGGAUGACCUGUGAAGUGUGGGGAGGUCUAGUCUGAGGCAGUGACCCGUUAGUGAAGAAGGAGCUGAAAUGUCCUCUAGCAGAAUUCUCCGGCCAUUGGACUGAAACUAGAGGCAAUGAGCUUUCCGUCACCGGGGUGCUGUGUAAGGCCUCUGGGACGCCUGUGGGUGCUCCGUGAAUCUCCCGCCUUUGCCGGAGCCCCUGCAGCCACUUUAUCACCACUUCCAGAGGAGAACUCUCACUGCCUAAUGAGUCAGCCUCCUCCUUGACUGACCAGCUCACCCCGGAACAGCACCCAUAGAUGCUCCCUCAGAAAGAACCAGAGGGCUGAGCAGACAUCUGUGUGAGGCACUGACUCCCAGCUCCCAGGGCGGGGAUCCUGGCUGUGAGCAAGCACUUUGUGAAGAAAACCAAAGGCACCGCGGGACAAGGCAGGGCUCUGGGUGUGUAUGCAGGAGAGGUAUGCACCCCCAUAGGAGCUGCAAAAGGGGGUGAAGGGCAACUUAGGGCCUGACUUUUGUCUUUUUGAGCACUCAGUCCAGGGUCUGCCUGGGCACAGGAUCUGGGCAUAGGACAGGGGAGUGAAGCAGAUAAUCCAGGAAGAGGAACUGACAGUCCUCCAGGUGAGCAGCAGUUUGGGCAGAGGCGAGGCCUGGGUUGGGCUUUUACUGUCAGUGUUAAGGCCUCCAGAGGCAGGUCUUGGGGUGGAAGGGCAAGGUGGUGCUCAGUGCUGGGGCAGACACUCCACUGUCUUAUCAGGGAAUAGCCCAGUGAUGAAGAUGCCUUUGCACAAGGUCAUUUUCUGUGCACAUUUGCAGUCAGUAUGGCUCUGACCAACAGAGGGCAGAGGCCCUGGUGCUUAGGCCCUGCCUCUGCCAAGGCCCAAGGCCAGCCAGAGAUACUGAGGCCUAAGAAAAAGCUCUAGGAAACUAACAUGCGAGAGGAAAUAAGAGAGGGUGCUCAACCCAAGCCACCUUAGAUCUUGGCUGAAACAUGGAAGACCCUGCCUACCCCCCUUCCAGGACAGAAUCACCCCGUUUGGUCAGCCUGCAGGUUGCUAUAAAAAGCCUGCAAGGCUGGGCACAGCUAAGGCAGGCUGGAGCAGUGGGCACCUCUCUAUGAGAGGAGAGCCAGAUGUCACCUAAUUAAGAUAAACCCCAGGGGUUCUGCCAGAGGUCCUGCUCCCAGGGCCUAGUGAUAAACACCGGAUGAUUCUUCCAGGUCUCUCAGGAAACAGAAAAUAUGAUGCUGGCAGUGGAAAGAUAAAGUGCAGUAAAGCCUGGAAAGUGGACCUCACUGGAACCACCAUUAAUAGACAUGGACAGCCCUGGGCAAUGAGAAGCAAGAGGGUCCAGAUUAUAUUAUUGAAACCAUAAAUGAGCACCUCAGGCCUGGGGGAAAAAAGACUGGAUGUCCUGGGGGUGACUUAGGCUGUGGCCAGACACACCUUCUGAUUGUUUAAAGGGGUGAGAGCCCUGGGGAGAGGAGCACUGUUUAGUGUCUUACCAGGCAAAAUAAAAAGCCAGGUGAACACCAAAGCCCCAGGCCCCAUGUGGACUGCCACUCUGGGGUUGAGGGGUGCAACUUCUGAACUGCUGGGCCCCUGUAGCUGAAAGCAUGGCUCCCCAGCAAGUCCUGCAGAAGGCAGCCCAGGAGAUGCUUGCCAACAGCUCCAGACCCAAUGGGAAUGGCCACUUAGCAGAAAAACAGAAGCCCUGUUUCCACGCACUGAGACUGCUAAGAUGACUACAAAGCAGCCUCCUCCCCUUCCUGAGAGCCCAAUCAGAAUGGUGGGGAAGCCGCAGAAUACACCAGAAGAAAUCAAAACCAGCAGGAAGUUCACAUCUGAGCCGAAUCCAGCAUUGCAAAGAUAUUCAACUCAUGUUCCCCAGUACAGUCAGACUGGUGGUUAAAAUACUGAAAGACUCCCCAUAAGCGCUGGUAAAGAGCACUGGUCUGAACCCCUGAGGGCCCCUCUAUCUUUUCAUGAUCCUGCAGAAGGGGACCCCGACAGCAUGGUGGCCAGUGUCUACUCUGUGCAGGAUACCCCAGGCAUAGUGGGUUAGCAAGUAAAGUGAUUUGCCCAAAGCCACACAGCUCAGAUACUGAUGCAGGGACCCACGCUCUGAUGCAGGGACCCAUGCUCUUAAACAUUUUGCUGUACAGCCUGUGCACGAGCACAGAGAUGACAAAAGAAGUUGGCAUUUCGACUCCCCACUUGCUAAAAUGCUCUAACACACUUGAGAGCCUACAUUUUUGUAUAACUUUUUAAAUCACUAAGAAUUUAAAGUAGCACCAAAUAUUUGCAGAGCGCCUGAAUCACCUCCAGAAUACCCCCCUUGACCUUCCUGGAGCCCAGUUUGUAGUCCCCCAUGUUGGACUAAUGCCCAUUGGUUUACCGAUGUCUAUGACUGAUUUCUCAGGACAACCAGAGAGUGGAUUGUUUUGACAAGAGACUGCAGAGCUCAAAAUACUUACCUGGCUCUUGACAGAGAGAGUUUGCUGACCUCUGGGCUAAGUUCACACCCACCCCAGCACAGGGAGGCAGAGGCUGCUGCAUUGCCCAGGGGGUAGCAUGUGGGGGUCCUGUGGCCACCUGUGGGCUUCAUUAGGGCACAGAGAAUGGCAGGCACUGGCUAAGGACCAGUCUGAGUAUUUAGGGUUUCAAGUUUUGAUUAUUUUCAGGUGACGUGAUGUAAUUUGAAAUGUGGUUGACACACCAGCUUGGCUGAGUGCGUCCUCCAAAGCUGAUGGGAGCGGGGCAGGACCCUAGCGAAGCUGAGCCCCGCGGGUUGCCUGGCACCUGCUCGGCGUGGCUCUGUUGUCCUCAGUGUCAUUGCCCUUGUGGGACUGACCAGUGCUAGUAGACGGUGGGCCUUAGCUAAUAUUCAUCAAGUGAUAUGCCCAGUGUUGACUUAAGCUUCAGAUCUGACAAGUCAUACACAUGCUCUCUGUGGGAGCAAGGACAAGCUCCUUGAAAAGAGGGUUCCAGCCAAAGCUUGAGCUUUUGGAAGUUACUGCUCAAGUGGGAGCUAAAACUUGAGCAGUAGGCCUUGGGAUGGCUUGUCAUGCGGUGUCAGAGUUUGAGCAACAAACACUACUCACGCACCCUCAUUGUGGAAUUGUAGAUCAGGAGGAAUCUGCAGAUUUAGAGAUCUACCAAGCGGCCAGGAUCCACCGCAAGAAUGGCAAGCGUGGAAGCCGCCCCUGAUACCCCCACGGCUGUUGCUGUUCCAUUGUGUUACUUUUCUCCACUCAACCCAGUCUUGGCCUCAGAGCCCCUCUCAACCCAGUGUUCCGGGCAGCAGCGACCAGUGAGUGGUUUGGAGUUGGCAUGAGAGAUGAAACCUGAUUGGCAUUGGAUGUUGUGUUCUGGGUGGCGUGCAGGGCCCUGGUGUUUAUGCUGUGAUGCUGUAGCAUGGCUCUGAGGAUGUGGGCUCCAUUCAAAGAGGAGGGAGAACGGCAUCCCAGCGACUGUCUCUGGGAGAGGCUGGAGAGGCAGUCGGGUUUCAUUCUCGCAGCAAAUUGCAGACACCCCUCUCGCCAGUAGGCGGCACUGCAGGCCAGCACUCAGACGCUGCCCCCCUCCCCGGCCCCCCCGCAGGGUUUUAUGUACUAAUUUACUUUGUUCUGUGUCACUUGGUGCCACAGGUAGCAUAGCCAUAAAGAACUUUAGGUGCUCUGAAAAUGUUUGCUAAAUGUAUCUGUGCGACAAGCUGAUUGUUCUUACCAACAAGCACUGUGAUUUUGUGUAUGGACACACUCAUGAGUGUGCAGCAGGAUAAAAACUGUGUAUGCAUGUUUAUGUGGGUGUGUAUAAAGGGCCAGCUAUCUCUACUGACAACUGUGUGCAUAUGUGUGUGUGUGUGUGUGUAUAGGAUGAUUAUCUCUGUUAAAUAAGCGUCCUGGGCCCCACAUAUGAUUGGUGGCCAGCCCUGCUUCCUGGAAUGGGUUCUGAUUAUUGCCAGCAUCUCAUGGGCAUUUGCACAUGUGCAGCAUUGGAACUGCUGAGACCAGGCCCCUUAUCUGUCUCUCCAACUUCUAGCCUCUGAUCUACAAGGUCUUGGCUCUUAACCAUCUCUCUGCCUUCCACUUCUAUCCCCUGCAGCCUUAGGAAGGAAGUGGUACAAUCUGUAGUAGGACAUCCCUUUUUGACUGUCCUUGCCUUACCAUCUCCUCUUAUUCGUUUCUUCCCUCUGAUGGUUCCAGGGCCAACAUGAACAGUUGGGCAGAUUGUGCACUGCACAAAUCCGCAUGGCACCAUUGAUACCACUUGAUGAGAGUGGUGUCUCUAGGCACCUGCAAAAGCUGCCAACUUUACACAGCUGCCCCAGUCAUCUUAUGGCCUUGACUUAGAAAACUGCCUUCUUCCCUGACCCUUUGGCUCAGCCCAGGCAAGACUGGGAUUCCUUCCUCUGCUGGUGUGUUCUAAUCUGGUGCAGAAGUGAUUCACCCUUGGCUUUGAUUGGAAAGUAUCUCCCCAAUGGAUCACCUCCCCUGAGGCCUUUGGAAUUCAAUUUAUGAAAAUGAAAUACGGCUGGCAACUUUUCAGUCACUUGUCUUUGCACAGUGAGAGGCCCCUGUAAGACAAACCAAAGCUCUGCAGACUGGGGUCGCUGACCCCCACACUCCUGGUCUGAGGGUGAAUAUGCCUUCAUGGCCUGUUAGAUGGAUCUGCCACGGAAUUGGGGCAAAGGCCUCAAGGCUAAGCUUGUAACUGUCACCAAGCAGGAAAUCAUCAGGUCACCACAGGCUGGCCUGAUGUCUCCAAGGGCCAAGCAGGAAACAAAUAAGCAAGAGGAUUAGCCAAGGCCUUAAGUGGAAUGGAGAAAGCAUACCCGCGUCUGACCAUGGAAAUGCCGCUUGUGUUGCCACAUAUUCCCCGCCCCCCAUUUUUCAAGAGAAGCCAGAAACCUGGAUUUUGAAAUGUUGGCAACUAUUUUGAUGUUAGAAAACACAUUUCAGGCCAAAUAAAACACACUUGUAGGCUAAAUCCAGCCCUCAAGUCUCCAGUUUUCACCCUCUAGGGUCCAGAGUAGGGUCAGUAAAUUGGGUUUUUCAGAACCGAGUCACUAAGACAAUAAGGACAUUAUAUUUGGACUCCCAGAGUUUUGGAUCUUUAAGAGAACUUAGCGAUAACCUACUUCUUCCCUGGCAUGUUUUAAACUGUGUACAUACAGGCUUCUUUAUUAACACACAUAUCCUUAACUUCUGGUUUCUUCUUAGAAGCAUCUCAAUAUUCCCAAUUUAGAACACAAUUUAAAAUAAAGCCCCUAUACAUCGCGCACUAUGUCUGCCUGUCAGAAGCACUCGUUUGUGCCAUCUGCUUUGUGACCGCCCCAUGGAUCUCUUGUGAACGUGGGCGGUCUUGUCUUCCUUUGAACCCAACUUCUCCGGGUUGCUCAUCAUGGUAAACCUUCCUAAGUGCCUCCUACAAGGCAGGAGCAUGUGCAUCUUCAUCUCUGCAACUCCCCCAGCCUGGGGUAAGACUGCUCAGCCCUCCCCAGCUCCACUCCUCCGUGGUCUGCUAUCAGCUGACCCCCAGCCCUACACUGACCCCCCAGAACCCAGCUCUGUCUGCUUCUGCGGCGUCUUCCCAGUCACGCGAGCCCUGUGACAAGGUGCUCGUCCACGCGGAUCCCUGCAUUCCUCGUGCUCAUCCUAGACUUAAUUUUACAAUGUGGACAUCUGCUUCUUAAAAG